AGAGUAGAUAAGUUUAGAGAGCUCUUCUUAUUCUACGUACAUAUCUUAAGUAGACAACCUAUAAGAGGUACCGAGAUUACUAGUCUCCGGUUCUAUAACGGGGUAGCUAACUACUAUAAUGUCUUCAUCUUAGACGGUAGAGUAAUAAUAGUAACGAGCUACUAUAAGUUAUAG